AUGACCGAGUUUACGCUGGUCAAGAUACUGGGGAAAGGACAGUAUGGAGUGGUUCAGCUUGUCCAUCACAACCCAACCAAUGUUAAGAUGGCACUCAAGGAAAUUAUGCUGGAAUUGGACGAGCUUAAAAUGAAUCAAAUCACUAUGGAAUUGCAAAUACUGCAUGCCAGUCAUCAUCCCAAUAUCAUCGACUUUUAUGGUGCGUUUUUCAUUGAAAGCUGUGUCUAUAUGUGUAUCGAGUACAUGGAUGGCGGAUCGUUGGAUAAACUAUACUCUGGCGGCAUCCCAGAACCUAUCUUGAGGGAAAUCACCUUGGCUGUUGUGCAAGGACUUCAUUUUCUCAAAUCAUCGCUAUCCAUUAUUCAUCGAGAUGUUAAACCUACAAAUAUCCUAGUAAAUACAUUGGGUCAGAUCAAGCUGUGUGAUUUUGGUGUCAGUGGGCAGCUGGUUCAGUCACUAGCAAAAACGAAUAUUGGAUGUCAGUCCUACAUGGCACCCGAACGUAUUGCGUCACGAAGUACAGGAAAGUAUUCCGCGAGAUCCGAUGUAUGGAGUGUAGGCAUCACGAUUGUUGAACUGGGAGUAGGCGCAUACCCCUUCCCUUGGGACAAGUUUGAUAGUGUGUUUGCCCAACUAAGCGCAAUUGUAUCGUCAGACGCACCAACUCUUCCAGUCGAGUCGUUUUCCGAAGACGCACGGAAUUUUAUAUCUAAAUGUUUGGAAAAAGAUCCUCAAGCCAGACCCACGUAUCCUGAACUUCUUUUGGCACCAUGGUUGACACAGUGCAAGACAGAUGUAGAUGUAGGAGCAUGGGUAAAACAAGCACUUGAAAAACGGGCAUCAUGA